AUGAUCGUGUGCACGUACACAGCUCUAAAGAAGCCCAGGAAAUCAUUGGAAGAGUGGAAAGAGGUCAUCGCCCUUCCUCUGUCAUUGUUUGGUAGAGAGUUUGCUUUUAUGGCACCACAAAGCUCUAUUCUUGUGAAAAAGGAGAAAUUCGGUUUUCCAGCAGGAUUCCGCUCCAGCUCACAAGGCCAGGUCAACUCAGAAGUGACUGCAAAAGAACAUUCCAAAGUUCAUCUCUGCCUCGGAUUGGCCCUCAGGAAGAUCUGA